AUGGUGUCCUGUGCCAACUUCUGGUCCCAAGCCCAAGAUCUCAGAAAACUUAUAAUAUCCUAUGCGCACUUCAUUCUCGGCGAGAUCGGGAAUCCUAGCCUUUUCGUGGGCAAGCUGUAUAGGGACUCGGUUCACUGGUGGCUACCGAUAAUCGACCCUGCAAGACUCACUCAAGCGAUUUCUAAAUAUAUCAACCAUAGGUCUGCCGAGGCUGCUGUUCUAUUGUUACAUAUCUCCCUCUUGGAUGCGCAAACAGCAGCAAUAGAGGCCAAGGCAGAAACUUUCUCAUCCUCUCCCUAUGCUAUAUGCAAUUCCGGGUUUAUGCUUCUACGCAAGAUUCGGGGCUCUCCAAUUGCCAAGCUACAAUCAGGCAUCCUGCUGGCCGUUUUCGAAAUCGGAGAGGGACUUCUAUCAAACGCAUACAGUACCCUGAGCAUCUGCGCUCAACUAUGGCACGAGAGCGAAAGCUAUUACUCGGCCACAAACACCAACAGUCUCCCACAAAAUGAUGAGUUGAAAAUAUUGCAGUCUGCAAUAUAUCUCUUAGAUAGACUCCAUUAUUUCUUCAGUGAAUCACCAAGGCCGUACUUAGUGGAAAAGCUACCUUCCAAUCAAGCGUUCAGCCAUAUCAAAGCUGACAUGGAGGACCCGUCGGCCAUUGAACUGGCCAAGGCAUCUCAUGGAGCCAAGAGCCAGUAUCAGCGGCGACUUAUCAAUUUUACUCAGCAGACGCAAGCAUGUGGAUUACUAGAGAGGGUGGCUCUAUUAAAGAACCCGAGUCCGAGUGACAUGCUGACCCUGGAUAUUCUACUCCGGACAAAGCUCACUGAGAAUCUUGCGGUGAGAGAGGAUGAUUGGAUCCUACCCUAUUUUUCUACGGUUAUUCUAUUAUUAGCUUUGAUCGAGUUGCACUUGAACGCCAUCAAAUCUUGUCCUGAUUCUAAAGCGUUCUCUUUACUGGCUAUUGAUUCCGUUUUGAACACGACCAGGGAUAUUACAAGGAUGGACGACGUUAACAAUAUCAGGAGGAUGCCAUUGGCUGCUGUAUUACUGCUACGGAGGACCGUAAAAGCAGCAAGCAUGUUGGAUUCAUCCCUGGGUUAUCAUCCAAAUCCGGAAAUGCUAGAAGAUCUAACUGGAUCUUUGCGACGUGCCAGAUUUCAAUGGAGAAUAGCUGGCGAUAUCGGCAAUUCAUAA